ACCCUCUCCACAGCAAGAGAGAAGACAAACAGAAGAGAGAGAGAGGAUGGGAACCCGUUCCUCCGACGAUUUCUCAGUUCUUGUAUUGGCUUCUGACCUCAACGUCGAUGCCCGCUCUCUCCUAUCAGCACCAGAUGGAAGAGAAGCAUCUCCUCAACAACAGCAAGAAGAGGUCUGGCACGACUGCCCUCCUGCUCUCUUCGGCGGUGAUGCCGACGAUUUCUCCGACCUCGAUUCCUUGCAGGCUUUCCGCAUCGAGGGCUCUGAUAAAUCCGGCAACCGCAUCUUCCGCAUCGUUGGCAAGUUCUUCCCAGCACCGGUGAUUAGUGGGGAACGACUGAAGAAGUAUAUUUUUCACAAGAUUGCCAGCGAAUUACCGGAAGGGCCUUAUUGCAUCGUCUACAUGCAUACUGCUGUUCAAAGGGACGACAACUCUCCUGGACUGACCAUCUUGAGGUGGAUUUAUGAAGAACUCCCCCAUGAACACAAGGACAGGCUACGUGUUGUGUACUUCCUUCACCCCGGAAUCUGGUCUAGGCUGGUUUUUGCCACUCUUGGUCGCUUCUUCUUAAGUGGAGGCUUAUACUGGAAAAUCAAAUACGUUAGCCGGUUGCAGUAUCUUUGGGAAGAUAUAAAGAAAGGUCAGGUCGAAAUUCCCGAGUUUGUACAAAGUCAUGAUGAUGUUCUUGAGCAUAGACCGCUUACAGAUUAUGGCAUAGAGCCAGAUCCUCUUCAUCUUACAGAGGUUCCAGCCAUGGGGUACUCGAUGGGUAGGUAUGAAGAGAGAUGGACGACUCAGUCAUUCACAUGAUGGUUGCUAUUGCUUAUAGAUUCUUUUAGUCAGUAUUUGUAGAGAUAAACCUGACUUAUUUAUACUUAGCAGUCUUGUUAUUGUGAAGUAGUGCUUGUGACCUAUAUUCCACCAUGUAUUAGAAGAUAUGGUAAUCAUAUGAACCGCAUCUAAUGAAGGGUGAUAUGCUCUCUAACUUACCUGUA